AUGUCCCUAAUAAACGUGACCAAUGUCAUCAUGAAAGAUGCUACUGCUAAGUUCACAGACCCUAUCUGUGUUGAGAUUUCAUUCGAAGCCUUGCAAGAACUCAAGCAGCUCAUUUGGAAAGUCAUUUACAUUGGCGAAGCCAACAAUGAUGAAAGCGACCAAGUUUUAGAAGACAUUGAGAUGCCAAUCGAACAAGUGGGUUCGAUGAGAUUCACUAUCGAGGCUCCAGGACCAGACCCAACUAAGAUUAGAGCAGAGGAACUUGUAGGAGUUACCGCUAUUUUGAUCACUUGCAGCUACAAUGGAAACGAGUUUUUCAGAGUUGGCUAUUACGUUAAUGUCCUCUAUGGAACAGAUGAGUUGAACGAGAACCCUCCAAACCCUCCCCUCAUUGAUGAGCUAGGUAGACUCGUCAUGGUCGAUCAACCAAGAGUCACCAACUUCCCAAUCGAAUGGGACGAAGCAGCCGGAUCAAGCACUCUCGGAAUUGUCCCUCCAGAUCAAAUAGAGAAUUUCAAUCCAACAACAGGAUUCGGAUACACAGACGGAGACAAGGAUGCUCGCGAUAAGAUGUAUGCCCAAGACAGAAAAGAGAUGCUCUCCAGUGCAAACCUUCAAAGCGCAGCAGAGGCUUUGCAGCCAUCUUUCCAAUAG